CCUCUAGGGGUCACACAUAGACUGUAUCACACUACCGCCAAGCGGGAAACAAGCGAAGAAGAAAGUACUAGACAUCUACCAUAGACUGUGGACAUUCAGGCUAAAGAAACUACGCAUUUGUUAUUUUAAACGGCUAAAAGUCAUAUUAUCUUCUUCCUAGAUCAUAGUGUAUAGAUAAACGACCACUAAAAGAGGAAAUAUUUGGGGCUAGCUAUCGUUAGAGGACUACAAAGGGAUGGUGGAUGGUAGCUAGCCGGUUAGCCACCUAGCCGCUGCUAACUGCUAAUGCUAACACCGCAACCAUGAGUGAAGAAGAGAACUCAGCCUCAAACAAAGACAAAGACUCCACUCUGCUGCUGACUAAAGACGGACAGCGGUAUUAUGUGAGUAAAAGCGGAGUGGUGGACAGUAGGAACGUGGUCACGCCGCACGAACCGGAGAACAGCGCCUCCUACGACAUGGAUGAUCCGGACGAGGAGAGCGACGUCCUGGACACGUCGGACCCGAGAGACGGCGCCGCCAGCCCGGAGGAGCUCAACGACGAGGAGACCUCGGAGGGCGACAACGCCCCCAAACAGUGCACCUAUGAGGGCUGCACGGAGACCACCACCCAGGUGGCCAAGCAGAGGAAGCCGUGGAUGUGCAAGAAACACCGCAACAAGAUGUACAAAGACAAAUACAAGAAGAAGAAGAGUGAUCAGGCAAUGUCCAGCGGAAAACUUGAUGAGAACUCGGAGGAGAGGCCUGUGUCUGUGAACAAGCAGCGUCUGGGUGCCAUGGGGGACCGGCCAGCCAGACCCUCUCUGAUAGAGCAGGUCCUCAACCAGAAGAGACUGUCGCUGCUCAGAAGUCCGGAGGUGAUCAGCUUCCUGCAGCAGCAGCAGCAGCUUCUCGCCUCACAGAGCCGCAGCCAAUCACAGCAGCAGUUCCAGGGCUGUUGACACUGGAGAAACACUGGUACGCCACGCAGAAAUAUAUAGGAACCAUACACUGUAAACAUGAUUUUUCUGUGCAGAAGAAGGAAUAAUAUGAUGAUAAAGGGAUGUUUUAAACACGAGGAAAGCCAGGAGAACUAAACUAGGUGAACUGAUGCACAACAGGUCCAUCUCUGGUGCUUUUCUUUUUAAAAAUGUACUUUUUACUUUAUUUCUCCAUGUGGCAGUAAUAAUAAAGCAUUAGAUUCUAAUCCAGAAGUUAUUUUGAUGUUGAAGCCCCAGAUAAAUAGAAUAGUCAUGAGCUUAAAUUCAUCAUCCUGUCUGUUCAUUUGCUUAUAUAAAAAAAAAAGAAUGAGUAUCUUUGUGUGUUUGUUUUAUGUUUUAUAAAUUAUUCUUUAACAUGAAGUGUUGUUACAUGUGACAAUCAGCUGUGUAAUGCAUGUCUGACAUCUCUUUUCAGUCUGGCACUGUUUUAAAACAAGAUUUUAUAUUCCUAUUUAUCUGAAGCGGUUGCACAAACAAAGUAAAUUUUAACUGUAUACAAAAGGAACAAAGAUUUAAGUUUGGUGGGAUAAAUUUAGGUCGCGUUAGCUCUGUUGUCUGCUGUAUGUUGCUCCUAUGUUUUUAAGUUGAAGUAUAUGUUCUGCUGUGAAUAUGAAAUUAAAAUGAUGAUGUUGAUCUUGAGAAA